UUAAGUGGAAUUAAGUAUAGGAGUUAUUCGAAUUUAAUUUGACCUUUAAUCUUCGAUUCAAAAAACCUUCAAAGUGUCUUAAAAUAUGUUCAAUUUUAUGAGGAAAACAUACAGUGAAAAUCAUUCGUAAUCAUGGGACAUGACCAUGAAAAACGUAGCGAAUUGCAUAAGAAUUCAUCUGUAGUGAUUAGUUUAGUAUCAGGAGGAUGCGCUGGCGGUCUCGCAAAAACUUUUAUAGCUCCAUUAGAUAGAACCAAGAUCAAUUUUCAAAUAAACAAACACAUCAAAUAUUCAUUUCGCAAUGCAUUGGGUUUUAUAAGGAGAACGUAUCGUCGUGAGGGAUUUUUGGCGUUAUAUCGAGGAAAUUCAGCGACUUUGGCGAGAAUCUUGCCCUAUGCAGCUUGUCAAUUUGCAGCAUUUGAACAGUUUAAGAAACUAUUGCAUGUAGAUAACUCAAAAGACCCGCAUUUUAGGAGAUUUCUUGCCGGUUCCUUAGCUGGAAUUGUUUCAUCUAGUGUUACCUAUCCACUCGACUUGGCUCGAGCUCGAAUGGCUAUUACAGACAAGUGUGGAUACAAAAAUAUUUGGGAUGUGUUUAUGUCAAUAUACACCAAAGAGAAAGGAGCUAUAUCGUUGUUUAGAGGAUAUUUAGCUUCAGUCGUUGGAGUCGUUCCUUAUGCAGGAACCUCAUUCUUCAUUAAUGAAACGCUUAAACAUAAAUAUUGUGACAUGACUGGAAAUGAAAAGAAACCAAAUCCAUUUUUAUUACUAAUUUUUGGAGCAUGUGCAGGACUUUGUGGCCAAACUAGUAGUUAUCCAUUAGGUAAGAUAGAACAUUCAAUGUCUACACCUCUUCAUUAUAAUGUUGUUGCUAAUUUUGAGCUUAAUGAAUUUAAUCCAUUAGACAUUGUGAGGCGGAAAAUGCAAACAUCGGGUGUCAUUAAUUGUGAGCAGUACACGACUAUAAGGCAGACAUUGAGGAAGGUUUAUGUCGAGGAGGGAAUUGUCGGUGGAUUCUUUAAAGGUGUUUCAAUGAACUGGGUUAAAGGACCGAUGGCUACUGGCAUUUCAUUCGCUUCAUAUGACAUCAUCAAGAAUUUCCUGCAGAAUGUUCAGUUACCAAAAUGA